AAACCCUCAGAGACAGUCAGGCCUGUUUGCAGGAGUCCAGUUCUGCUCAGUGAAGUAAUCUUUAAGCAUGUCUUCAGUAGUUUAGGUAUGAAGAUGCCCUACAAAAUGAGCUACUCUCCUCUCCUGCGUGCACACUCACCACCGCCUCAGCCAUGUCAUAAAGUGUGUGACGUAGAAUACAGCUCCAGUAUGAAAGGGCAAACUGUGCUCAGCCAGGCAGACAGUGCAGUGCUGUGUGGGGACCAUGCACCUGCAGCCAGUGUCCCGGCUCUGAAAGCUCAGCUGUGGCUGGACGGUGCUGAGGGAAGCUCAGGGAUGGAGAGGCUGCUAAGGAAAUGUCACAUCAGAAGCCAGCUGGUCAGGGAGUGCAUGGCCGAAUGCCUCGGAGUCUACAUCCUAAUUCUAUUUGGAUGUGGUUCUGUUGCCCAGGUGACCACAACUGAAGAUAAGAAGGGGCAGUACCUGUCAAUCAAUCUGGGUUUUGCUCUGGGAGUAACAUUUGGGGUCUUUGUGUCUCGUGGAGUCUCAGGCGCACAUCUGAACCCUGCAGUUUCUCUGAGCCUGUGUGUUUUGGGCAGACAUCCCUGGUUGAAGCUGCCUUUCUACAUCUUCUUCCAGGUGCUCGGAGCCUUUCUGGCUGCAGCCACCGUUGGCCUGCAGUACUACGAUGCCAUCCAGACAUACAGCGGAGGAGUGCUGACGGUGACGGGUCCCACUGCCACCGCAGGAAUAUUCUCCACCUACCCAGCUGACUAUCUCAGUGUGUGGGGAGGAGUGGUGGACCAGGUGAUCGGCACGGCUGCACUGCUGCUGUGUGUUCUGGCUCUUGGCGACCGGAAGAACACCGCCCUCCCUGACUUUGUUCAGCCUGUGCUGGUGGGAGCAGCAGUGUUAGUUCUUGGCAUCUCCAUGGGCUCCAACAGCGGCUACGCCAUCAACCCGGCCAGGGAUUUUGGGCCUCGACUGUUCACAUACAUCGCUGGAUGGGGAGUGGAUGUUUUUAAGGCCGGAGGCGGGUGGUGGUGGGUGCCCAUAGUGGCUCCCUGUGUCGGGGCGCUGCUGGGAACACUGAUCUACGAGCUGAUGAUUGAAGUCCACCACCCUCCCAGUGCAUCUGAGCUCCACACCUCGUGUCUGGAGGUAACUGAGGGCAAGAUGGUGCUGGAGCUCGGGGAGCCGGACUGUGUAAAACCUGCUUAGCCAUGUGAAAGAGGAAAGAGCUGUCAUGUGUGCGGUAAAUGCUCUUUAUAUUGUGAUUACUAAUGAAGCUGUCUUUGUAAAAGUCUGACUGUUUUAUUUGAAUAUAUACUCUGGUGCAGAUAAAUGAAAACAGAACAAAGCUGCAAACGCUGCUCUGAGUGUGAGCAUCAACUCCGCAGAUGAACCCGCUGCUCCACGAGUCAAUCGUCUCUUUUACACAUUUAUUUUCAAAACAGCACAAAGUGUAUGGCAAGCAGACCAGAACCAUGGAAAAGAAAAAGACAUAAGACCUUCCACUAUUGAGCUAUAUAAAUAUGAUAUCAUGACAUAUAAAAGAUACAAACAAAAGAAGGCCUCGGUCACACGACCAUGAAGGCUGCUUUUAAAAACAUAUAAAAGAAAUGUGAGUACAGCAAGCACUGAUUCUGUCGAUAAAAAAACUGUCUCAAAGAGAUAACCAUUUGUAUUCAUACACAUUAAGACAACACAACCCCGCGCUCUCCCUCCGCUUUGUAAAUACAACGUAUAGCUACCUCUGAGGGGGAAUUAUUUUAAACUUUUUUGAAAAGAAAGGGAACAGUACAAGUACAAAUACUAUACGUAUUCACAUUAUCAUAGCAAGUUACUAAAACCAGAACGCUUUCUUUUAGUGUAAUAUGUAUUUACAUGGCUAAACGUACACAUAUUCUACUGGCAGGAAGCCUGACCUCUCUUCUUCUUCUAGCUUAACGAUUAACAACACACAUUAUUCACACUACACAGGUUACAGACCUCCAGUAACCUAGUCUAAGGACUUCCUUCAGAGAUGUCAUGUCUCUGCUGCAGGUAAAUCUCAACAUGUUCGACUUACACAAAUACCAACAGCAGUAAUGUGUUUCGUAUAAAUAAAUAUUAUAGCAACAUGAAAAUCUGUGUUAAAUUCUCCCCCUUUUCAUGCGUCUUGAGAUCAGUUUAAAACAAUAAAAAUGAUCUCAUGCUGGAUAAAAAUGAACAUGGACGAACGUAUGAAUAAACAAACAAUGUCAGGUACAAAAAUAUCGGCACUACAGCUGUCCGGAUACAGUGGGAGGCGUAGGUAUAUUAGUGUUACAUGGAAAAACAGGCAUGUGGCUACAGUCAGUGCAGAGUGAAAUGGAAGGACACAACGUAUUAAACAGUAUGGCUGAUAUAUAAAUGCUUUACUCGGGGCCGUUUGAGAGCCUUUCCACCAAGGAGUCUAUCCCAGGUGUGUGUUCAGUAACAUGAUCAAACAUGCAGUUACAAUCGCACAGAAGAGGUGCUGUAGAUUAGAGUAAAACUGUUCAUGGUGGCUAAAAAAGAACUGCACGGGAAGCAGCUGUUUCUUCUCAGGAUUAACAUUCAUAUUCUACAUCCUGUGGACUCCUCGUAGUAGAUGAUCUGUCAGUCUCAGAGCCCCCCCCCCCGCCCUCUACUGGGGCUUGUCUGUCUUGUGUGCGGUGAGGAAGGCCAUGCCGUGGGUCCUGAAGUGGGUGUUGAGGUCCGAGGCCUUGUCGAAACGCCGGCCGCACACCUUGCAGCUCAGAUUCCCGUCUCCGUCCUCACCCUGCACCUGAGGGGAGCCUCCGGGCGAGCCGUCGGGGGAGCCGUGGGUGCGCGGGGUGCCACGGUCUGCGUCGCCCUGGUUGUCCCGCACGCGGUGAGUGAUGAAGCGGUGCCUGCUGAGAGAGCCCGCGGA